CACUUCCGCAAUUACAGAAAAAAAACCAUAUUCCAGCUUCAGACCCCCGAGAGCACACACAGAGAUAUCCCCUCACCCCCACACCGUGUGAGCAGACAGACCAGAGUGGGUGGGGGUCCUUGACAGGUCUCACGCACUCCUUCAGUGCAGUUGAGUCUGUGUGAGUCUUAUUUCGGAACAGAAACUUGGAUCAGUCAGUGAGUUCACACAGACAGUCAGUGCUCACUCACAUGGGGUUGGUUUCUCAUGUUCUCACGUUAAUCUUAGCCCUGGGAGAGGUGGUGUGUGUGUGUGUGUCUGUGUCUGUGUGUGGGGGGAAUAUACCACGAAAGGUUGAACCGUCUUGGAAAAAUGUGGCUGAAAUUCGUGCUGAUCUCACUGUCCCAUUUGAGUAUUGCUCGAGUAUCUAAUGGAAAUGAGAAAACUGAGCCAGCAAGUUUUACAACAAGCCAGACUGCAUAUUUGCCAGGAAACUCAUCUGGCCAUUUUAGGCUGAACACAUCAUCAGCAUCGGCGAUUCCCACAAACACACAGAACACAACAAACAGCCAGAAAGAAACCGAAGCCUCUUCACUCUCCUCCAGCAAUCAGAGUGUGUCUACAAACACAACUCAUACAAUGCCACCCAACAGCAAAACUGUAUUUGCAACCACAACUGAUAUAAUUCUGUCCAACAACAAAACUGUGUUUGCAAACACAAGUCAACUGGCAACCACAGUCCUACCAACCCUUCCAAUGAACACAACUAUAGGCAACCCAGCUUCCAAUAGCACAACAGUGGUGACCACUUCAGCGCCUAAUGUAACUUUCAAUGGUACAGUCAUGGUGACCAGUUAUGCUCCUAACAUGACUAAUAGAUUUGAUAACUCAUCUCACAUUGAUAUUACAACUGACAUACUGACAAAUGGCUCAGCUAUGACAACUCCUUCUCAAGUCUCUGACACUCACAGUCCUUCAACAAGCCUGGCACCAACCACAGCCUCUUUCAAUGACAGCAAGGUCACUACAGGACAAAAGGCUUUAGCUCCCCUUACAACAUCAGUCAUUUCAAUCCUAAUCUCAGUGCCCACCAGACUUCCAACCAACUCUACAGGAAAAGAUGUUAAAACCUUGACUGAAACUAAAACAGGGUCCGUAUUGAUAGUCGUGUUGAUUUUGGUGUGUAUUGCUGCGGUGUUGCUGAUACUGGUGCUGUAUUGGAAGAAAAGGAGAGUUAUGUACAGCCGCCUGAAUGAUAACAAUAUCACUCGAUCUUGGAGCAGCUACAACAACCCUGUGUUUGAAGAUUCAUGACAACGCAAUACUUUAGCUUAAAAGAAAAAUUGUUGCUAAAGGAUAUUAAGCAGCAAAUGUAAAUAUCGUCGAUUUCUUGUAAGGCUCUGGAAGAACUACCUUCUCUACAGUUUCAGGACUGAUUUGAAAUUGAUUGUUUCUGCAAUGGCUCAGUGGUUAAGGCCGCACCAACUACAACAACAAAUUACACUUGUAUAGUCGCCUUCACGUUGGAAAGACAUCCCAGAGCGUUGGGACUAGUCUAUGUUUUGCAGAACAAAUGUUCAUUGUGUUGAGUUGGUUGAUGUCAGCCUGGGCCAUUAUUGUGGAACUACAGUUAGUCUAAAGGGUGUAAGGGGGUUAUUUAAAAAUGAGAAAAAAUCAGCCAGGGCACUUGCUCCUAACAACUAUUGAGUGAUGCCUGUUGCAAAGUACAGAUUUAAAAGUAAAGGUGGAAUUGAGUCAGCCCUUUGCACUGGCCUCAGUUGCCCAUAUUUCUGAACCAGGCGGGUCCUAUGGGGUGAUGUUUGUCUCUUCCCACUCCACUACACGUUGCCUCCACUCGGCUGGCUCUGGCCUCCUGCUUGUCCCUCAUGCCCUCUCCUCCACCAUCAGCGGCCGUGCUUUCAGCCACUACGCCCCGAAGCUUUAGAACUCUCUCCCUCAAUCUCUCCGCCUUGUUGUGGUUGUCUGGUUUAACAAAGAGCGCUUCCCAAUGGGAUUUUCCUACAGUAAACAUACAGUGCAGUUAGUGGCAAAAGGAAUUGCUUAAAUUUGUUUGAAUUUCUUGGAACGUUUGGCACAGUAUUUGAAUCAACGGCGUGGAGUAUAGUUGACCAAGCUAUCAGAUUGCAGUGGGUGAUCCUGUUGCGUAGCAACCGUAACCUGAGCCGAUGUUUUAUAUAUGAAUCAUGCGGCCUUGUUAUUGUAAAUGUAAGCUUAUGUUUGUCGAGCUGAUCAAGCCUUAUACAAUUCAAAGCAACAUUCUGUUUUCUGCUGGGUUGGAUACGUGUAAAAGGGUUUCAGCUUUGCUCCGUGAAUCAUCAAAUGUGCCACACCAGCCGGUAUCCCCAGAUUUGACUAAGUACAAACGAAGCUAUAGACAAAUAGUGCUUUUUGUUACUAAAUAGAGAGUAAUAUGAGAUUUGAACACUUUAGAGGAAUGCUGAUAAGAUAAGUGACUGUUUUAAAUCCUUCCAGUUAAUGUACACCAGCCUUAGAUGUACAAUAUUUAUUCUGAAACUCAUAGAUAGUGACUUUGAUUCAGUAAAUUGAAAGCAUAAGAAAAUCCUGAUUUGCUACUGAGGUCCAGUUGUAAUGUCAGAUUUGGCCUCCAGUGCAACAGUAACUUGCAUUUAUACAGCGGCCUUCACGCAAGGUAGUGUCC